AUGGCUUGCUGUGUCGCCCGCUGCUGCAGCGUCCCCACGGGCCCCGCCACCACCAUCUGCUCCUCCGACAAGUCCUGCCGCUGCGGGGUCUGCCUGCCCAGCACCUGCCCGCACGAAAUCAGCCUCCUCCAGCCCACCUGCUGCGACCCCUGCCCCCCACCCUGCUGCCAGCCUGAAGUGUACGUGCCAACCUGCUGGCUGCUCAACUCCCGCCACCCAACUCCUGGCCUGAGUGGGAUCAACCUGAUGACCUAUGUCCAGCCCGGCUGUGAGAGUCCCUGCGAGCCCUGCUGCUAA